GAGGCUGGAGCCCACAGAAAAACCCCUUCAGAUUGUGUAUGACUACUUGGCUGGGUUGGGUUUUGAUGAGCCUGUCAGAAUGCAGGAAGAGGCAGCAAACUCUGAUCUCAGCUGUAUGAUUCGCUUUUACAGUGAAAAGCCAUGUCAAGUGGAACAGUUAGAUCGCAUCCUGCUCUCUGGAGUCUAUAAUGUACGCAAAGGAAAGACCCAGUUGCACAAGUGGGCAGAGCGCUUGGUAAUUCUCUGUGGUACGUGCCUCAUUGUGUCCUCUGUGAAAGACAGCCACACGGGGAAGAUGCACAUCUUGCCUCUUGUUGGAGGGAAGGUGGAAGAGAUGAAACGUCGACAGUACACACUUGCUUUCACAUCUGCUGGAGCACAAGCUCAAACAUACCACGUUUCCUUUGAAACGCUGGCAGAAUGCCAGCGGUGGCACCGACAGGCAUCCACGGUUGUGUCCAUGCGACUUAGCAUGGUUGAUCUUUCAUGCUACAGCCUUGAGGAAGUACCUGAGCACCUCUUCUACAGUCAAGACAUCAUCUACCUCAACCUACGACACAAUUUUAUGAGAUCAAGUGGAGCAGGGAGUCUCGACUCUCUUUGCAGGUUUUCUCAGUUGAAGAGCCUGAACCUGUCUCAUAACAGACUGGGAGAGUUUCCUGUAUCACUGUGUGAGAUCUCUACUCUGACAGAGCUUAAUAUUUCCUGUAAUGGACUCCAUUACUUGCCAAGCCAGAUUGGCAAACUGUUGAAUCUACAGACCUUCUGGCUUGAUGGGAAUUUCCUCACGUCCUUACCAGAAGAACUGGGAUGUCUGCAACAGCUCAGCUGUCUUGGGCUUUCCUUCAAUAACUUCUGUGAACUGCCAACAAUUUGUGAGAAACUCGUCAUCUUAGACAAACUAGCCCUGGCAGGGAACUUGCUAGAGACCCUGGACCUUGCAGCACUGAACCGUAUGAGUCACAUCAAAAGUGUGGACCUGAGGCUGAACAACCUGAAGAGAGCAGCAGCUGACACUCUGGAGGGGAACAAAUCUGUGAUUUACAUGGAUUUACGAGACAAUCAGAUGACAGAUCUGGAUCUGAGCUCCUUGGGCAGCCUGGAGCAGCUGCACUGUGAGCGGAAUAAGCUGAAAGAGUUGACGCUGAGUGGCUUCUCCCUUCGGGCCCUCUAUGCCAACAGCAACUGUCUGACAGCUGUCAAUAUUUAUCCAGUUCCUGGUCAACUGACAUGUCUAGAACUCUCUCACAAUCAACUGCAGUGUGUCCCAGACUGGGCCUGUGAAGCAAAGAAACUGGAAGUUUUGGAUAUGAGCUACAACCUCCUUGUGGAACUUCCAUCGAGGAUCCUCAGCAGCUUGAGCCUUCAGAAGUUGAUGGUGGGGCACAAUCAUCUGCAGAGCCUUCCAGCUCUUCUAGAGCACAUUCCACUGGAGGUGCUGGAUCUUCAGCACAACCUGUUGACUAAACUCCCGGAGAUGCUCUUUGUCAAGGCUCUGAACCUCAGGUACCUGAAUGCAUCUGCAAACAACCUGGAGUCCUUGCCUUCUGCAUGUACAGGGGAGGAGAAUCUGAGCAUGCUGCAGCUACUUUACUUGACCAAUAAUAACCUCACAGAUCAAUGCAUCCCUGUCUUGGUGGGACACCUGAACCUACGGAUCCUGCAUCUGGCAAACAACAACCUACAGACUUUCCCUGCAAGCAAACUUAGUAAGCUGGAGCAUUUGGAAGAGCUGAAUCUGAGUGGCAACAAAUUGAAAACAAUUCCCACAACAGUGGCAAACUGCAAGCUACUUCAUACACUUAUUGCACACUCUAAUGAAAUUAGCAUCUUUCCAGAGAUCCUGCAUUUGCCCCGUAUUCAGUUUGUGGACUUGAGCUGCAAUGAGUUAACUGAAAUCCUAAUCCCUGAGGCACUGCCAGGUGCCCUGCAAGAGUUGGACCUGAGUGGAAACACAAACCUGAUGCUAGAACACAAGACACUGGACAUCUUCAGUCACAUUACCACACUGAAGAUUGAUGCUAAGCCCUCCCUCACAGCAGACUCAGCACUCACUUCUACCUUCUGGAGUCAUGGAGUAGCUGAGAUGACAGGCCAAAGAAAUAAGCUGUGUGUGUCAUCCCUGGCACUGGGGAGCUUUGCAGAGGGGAUGGAGGCUGUGUAUGGCAUGUUUGAUGGUGACAAGAACGAGGAGCUGCCACGCUUGCUGCAGUGCACCAUGGCCGAUGUGCUCCUGGAGGAGGUACAGCAGUCAGACACCAUGUUCAUGUCCAACACCUUCUUGGUCUCCCACAGGAAGCUGGGCAUGGCUGGGCAGAAGCUGGGUUCCUCUGCUGUCCUUUGCUAUAUUCGUCAUGACGUGGCUGAUCCAGCCAGCAACUUUUCUCUGACGGUGGCCAAUGUGGGGACGUGCCAAGCCAUUUUGUGCCGAAGUGGAAAACCACUGCCUCUCUCCAAAGUCUUCAGCCUUGAACAAUGUUCAGAAGAAGCCAAGAGAGUCAAGGAGCAAAAAGCCAUUAUAACAGAGGACAAUAAGGUCAAUGGUGUGACUUGCUGUACUCGGAUGCUGGGCUGCACGUACUUGCAUCCUUGGAUCCUGCCCAAACCACAUGUCAAUUCCAUUCCACUGACGGUACAAGAUGAGCUGCUACUUCUAGGGAACAAAGCUCUCUGGGAACACCUUUCUUACACAGAGGCUGUCUCAGCCGUGCGCCACCUACAUGACCCACUAGCUGCUGCAAAGAAACUCUGCACUUUAGCCCAAAGCUAUGGUUGCCAAGACAAUGUAGGUGCAAUGGUGGUGUGUCUGAACAUCAGUGAGGACAGCUGCACGUGUGAGAUGCAUGGCCUCACUCUGCCAGGUCCUGGGGGUUUUAGUUCCACCAUCACCAAGCCAGCAACACCUUCAUCUAGCAGUGGAAUUGCCUCGGAGUUCAGCAGUGAACUGUCUGCUUCUGAGGUUAGCAGUGAGGUGGGCUCUACUGCUUCAGAUGAACAUAAUGCUGUUGGUCUUGAUGGCAGUUUGCUACCACGACAAGAGCGACGUUGCAGCCUACAUCCUGUGCCCCCCUCAAGCAUCUUUCAGCGCCAACCUUCUAGUGCUACCUUCUCUAGCAACCAGUCUGACAAUGGUCUGGAUAGCGACGAUGAGCAGCCUGUGGAAGGUGUGAUGACAAAUGGCAGUAAAGUAGAGGUAGAGGUGGACAUCCACUGCUGUAAAGGAAAGGGCCUGGAGUUUGAACCUCCUGCUGCAGAGUACAGCUCCUCUGCUCCAGGGCCAGAGGAUGACUCUGGGCUUGUCCUUGUCAUUCGGAGACAGAACAGUGUGAACAGCAACACUGUGCAGAGAGGGGUCAAGGAAAAGUGUGAACUGCAAAAAUCGCUUUCCACAUGCUGUCUCUAUGGAAAGAAGCUUUCCAAUGGCUCCAUAGUGCCCUUGGAGGAGAGCCUCAACCUCAUUGAAGUAGCUACAGAGGCACCCAAGAAGAAGACAGGAUAUUUUGCUGCUCCAUCCCAGAUGGAGCCAGAAGAUCAAUUUGUGGUGCCACCUGAUCUGGAGGAGGAAGUGAAGGAACAAAUGAAGCAGCACCAGGAGAAUGGAGCAGAUCAGGAGCAGAAAGAGGAACAUGCAGCGACUCUGCCAGAGGAGUUUGACACAGCUUUGUAA